AUGCGCACACAUACAUAUGCACCUAUUCUUAUGGUAAAUAAAAAAAAUUUGAAUAUCAUGAGACGAUUCUCACCAAGAUCGUUGUUAUCAGCUAUUGCUCUUUCGCUUGUCAUAUUUAUUAUUAUUUUUAUAUUUAAUCAUCAGAGCCCAGACGAAUCUGAACUUGUACAAGAAAAGUGUAACUGUCCACCAGUUGUUGAAACCGUCCCUGUCAUAAAUAAAUCCGCUAUUGUCAAACAAGAAGUGUCUAAUAUUACAAAACCUGAAACAACACCUGUUCCAACGACUAAACCCACGACUAGUUCAUCAUCCAGCUCGACUAUCCCACCACUUCCUCCCUGCCAACCAGUCAAUAAGAACUCAUCUGUUCAACGUGCGAUUAUUAUUUAUUAUCCACAUCAUCAAGGUGAAUACUUCUUUCCUGAAGUGAGAUGGUUGUAUCGUUCGUGGGCUGAAAUGUUACUUAGUCAACCACCGACAUGGCGGACGGAUUUUGUAAUAUUUACAUAUAAUUUUUCAGCUGAGUUUCGCUCCCUUGGUUGUGUGAAUCGUAUUCGACAAAAUAAACAAGAACCAUCCGUUUGCCGCUUGUUCCUUUAUAUUCCAAUUCAGUUUCGGACACCGAAUUUGACUAGUAAUAACUUUGAACAUGCAUUUGCUGCGGCGAAAAGUCUCGCUAAAGCUUACAAUGAAAGUGUUGAACAAAUGGUUACUAUCCCGGUAGUCAAUGACUCGAAAACAUUUGAUGUCAAACGUUCACAGUUGUUAUAUAACGUUCUUCGAACGUAUGGUUAUAUCGAUUCAAUCAAUACUAUUUAUGAAGGCUACCACACAUUUAGUAUGUACGACUUCGUACUGCGAACUGAUAUCGAUGUUUUUAUCUAUCGUCAUUUUGGAAAAUAUAUUCCUGAAAAUUGUACGCUACUGACCGGUGGUGGUGGGUAUGGAACAGAUUUUAAUCGGAGAAAACUAGCUCGCAUUUCUCGUGAUAUGGGAUUUGCGUUUAGUGGUAUGUCUGGUAUGGGCUCAACAUGGUAUGGAUCUGCUCAUGAUGGAUAUUUGGUAGCUAAUCAGACACUGUAUGGAAUGCUGUGGUUAGCACAGUAUGAAUUUGCUACACCAGAAAGAGAAUCAAAAUUAGGAACAUUAAUGUGGCCAGAAUGGCAUUAUGGUGUUUUGCUUCUCUACGGUCAACAUUUGGCGAUAAAUCAUUUAGUUGGUACUAAUCAAAUCCGUGUGGUAAUAGGACAUAAUCUUCUCGAUCAGUCCUCGACUGACGCUAGUCAGGCUUACGUUCAAAAUGGUAUUCGUCUGAAUCUGCAUUGCUGGCAUACAAAUGAUCGUUUCUCGAAAUUUGCUUUCAAACUCGGUCACUACAAUAAAACAGAAUUGGAGAAAUAUCGAAAUGACACAACUGCUCAAGCUUAUGCAAUGCGGAUGGCGCUCGAAUCGAAGUACAUGACGCUGGAACAAAUGGCAAAUCUAGUUCGAACUAACUCAUCGACGACAUCCUCAUGA